AUUCAUAACGCAACGUUUGCAACAAUGAGUUAGCAAGUUUGGUUCAUAAAUAAGGUUCCAUUGCUUGAACUCAGUGUCAGUUCUAUUCCAGAUCUGUGGAAGCACUAUCAUUCAACUUUAUUCAUUCCACUGUGUGUAUUAUUAAUUUUUUUCGUCAAUAACUAAAAUGGAUUUCGGACAUUUUGGCGAUGGUCCUCGAGAUCAGAAUGGAGGACAAAAUCAGACGCCAGUGACUCCGACACCACAAAAUGGCGCAAAUGGAGGACAAUCAAACAACGGGACAGAACAACCAAUUUUUAUGCAUACGAUGGCACACCCUGGAGUUACUUGUGAUGUCUGUAGCGGUGAAAUUCGUGGAUUUCGAUACAAGUGCAUGGAAUGCGUUGACUUUGACCUGUGCACCACUUGUGAACGAAAGGGUAAUCAUCCAGGUCAUGUAAUGAUGAGAAUCGCAUUUCCGGAGCAGACGAGGGGUGCUAUGCAACGUUUUCUGGGCACCACUGGAAUUGGAUUUGGACGGCAUCAUGGUGGUGGUGGCGGCAGUGCAGGCCUGUUUGGAGUUGGGUUUCCAUUUGAAACUCAAGGUCGUCACCAUUGGCAUCAUCGCGAUAGAGGAUGCCACAGACGGGCAGGACAUGCCAGUGGUAGAGACUCGGAAGGCGAUAGUGGUCCUGAGGACCCCAAGGGUCCCAAUGAUUGCCCUUAUGGUUUGGGCCGGAAGGGAAUGAAGAAGUGGGCCAAGUGCAUGAAGAAGAUGGCUUAUCAGCACCGAAGAUCAGCUGAAGCAUAUGCAAAGUCGGCUACACAGGCUGCAACUGGCGCAGCAGCAGCGGCAGCAGGAUUUUCAGGACAUGAUUCCGAGCCGCGAGGAAGUUCUGAAGCACAACAACAACAAGCUUUCGACUUUACUUCAGCAGCUUCUCAAAUUCAGGAAUUCUUGAAUGCAUUUGGAAUCCCAAUUGAUGUUGUUGAAUUGUAUGACAAUUAUGGAAACCGUGGUCAACCAAGGACUGAGCCUGGAAACUCUACUACUUCUCAGCCCAUGGCCACACCUACUGGUAACACUGCAGAAAACGCAACACAUGGUACUGAAUCAGCGAAUGAAGGUCAGGAGCAACAGUCAACAACAAAUGAAGGUGUUGGUGUUCCACAAACUAAUUUGGCUGCCCACAUGCAACAACUUCAUUUGAGUGGACAAGGAAUUGAACCAGUGGUAGCUUCUGCUCCUUCGGCUCCAGAAGAAGUCUCUGCUGCUCAGUCUGUGAACAUGGACUUGGAUGCAGAUUCUUCUGGAUGGACUCUUUUGGAUACUGACAGGGCUCCUGGAUCUGUGGGAGCACAACAAAAUGAAUCAUCGAUUUUUGGACCCCCACCUGCUGCUGCUACCAUUUCGAAUGGUCAAUCUAGUACUCCUGCAACAACUGCAACAACAACUACUACUACUGGAAUUGUUCCACCUGCGCAAACACCUACUGGACGCUUGUAUCCUGGUCUAAAUCCUCCACAGCUUCAACAACUUUUGAGUGGGGUGAGCCAGGCCAUGAAUUCCAUGGUGAGAAACAUUCCUAUCGUCACAAACCCGGGUGGGCCUGGACUAGGGACCAACAGCGGGCCUCCAUCAUAUGGAAACGGUUCUCCUGAAAUGGAUAUUCGAUGCACGACUACUUUGAAUCAACUAUUGGCGAUGGGCUUCUCCAAUGCGGACGGAUGGUUGUCUCGACUUGUCGUGGCCAAGAAUGGCGACUUGGAAACCAUCUUGAAUGCACUAUUCCCGGUUGGUGGAGGGCAGUAAAAAUGUGUGCGUAACAUUAUUGAUCGUAACUAUUUCGAAUGUUGCAAACGUAUGUAAAAUUAAAAUUCACCUUCGUGUAUAUCGAUAUGAUCGUACUUUCAUAAAUAUUUCUCGGCUAAUACUAAUUAAAUGGAUCUUUAGGCGUGUAGUAAAAUAAUUAAUAAUCAUUGAAGCAAGUUUUUAAUUACUGGAAUGAAUUUAUAUUUUAUGUUUGAAAACUUUAUCUAAAAAGUUGAUUUAUUUAGAAUGUGACAAUGGGUUUCUGUCUUUGUGUUGAACUGAACGUAUUUGAAUUAAUAAUAAUAAAAGUAUAAAAAUGCA